ACUGUGAUGAAGGAACGUGCAAAGACAAAUCUAACAUUUUGUAUGCUUGGGCAAGAAAUGCUCCACCCACCAGGCUACCCAAAGGUGUUGGAUUCAGAGUUGGAGGAGAAGCAGGUGGCAGAUUUUUUGUGCUCCAGGUACACUAUGGGGAUAUUAGCGCAUUUAGAGAUAAACACAAGGACUGCUCUGGUGUAACUUUACAUCUGACACAUCAAAAGCAGCCUUUGAUUGCUGGAAUGUAUCUUAUGAUGUCUGUGAACACUGUAAUACCACCAGGCGAGAAAGUGGUUGAUGCAGACAUUGCGUGCCAUUACAAAAGGUUUCCAAUGCACCUUUUUGCCUACAGAGUUCAUACACACAGACUAGGUAAAGUAGUGAGUGGAUACAGAGUGAGAAAUGGUCAAUGGACAUUGAUUGGUAGACAGAGUCCACAACUACCACAGGCAUUCUAUCCAGUAGAACAUCCUGUAGAUGUUAGCUAUGAUGACAUCCUGGCAGCUAGAUGUGUGUUCAGUGGUGAAGGCAGAACUACAGACACCCAUAUAGGAGGAACAGCCAAUGAUGAAAUGUGUAACUUUUACAUUAUGUACUAUAUGGAAGCCAAGCAUGCUGUCUCGUAUAUGACCUGCACACAGAAUGCAAACCCUGAGAUGUUCAGAAAUAUACCACAGGAGGCAAAUAUUCCUAUUCCAGUCAAGUCUGAUAUGCUAAAGAUGACACAUGGACAUCAUGAAGAAACCAAGGAUACUGAUAAAAGUUAUUUACAGAAGCAGGUCAAAAAAGAAGAGGAAGAUAUGUUGGAUCAGGGUGAUUUCUAUUCACUCCUUUCCAAGCUGCUAGGAGAAAGGGAAGAUGUUGUGCAUAUGCAUAAGCAUAACCCUACAGAAAAGGCAGAAUCAGAUCUUGUAGCUGAGAUUGCUAAUGUAAUCCAAAAGAAGGAUCUUGCCAGAGAGAUCACAAAUCGUGAUGAGGGGGACAAUACUAUUCUUGUCAGAGACAGAAUUCACAAAUUUCACAGACUAGAGUCUACCCUGAGGCCACCAGAGAACAGACAUUUCUCUUUACAACAACCUAAACAUGGUGAGGGAAGCUGGGAAAAAGAACAUACAGGAGAUUUCCACGUAGAAGAGGCUGUUGAGUGGCCUGGGUUAGACCUCAAACUAGGUCAAGUUUCUGGGUUGGCUCUGGACCCUGAAAAUAACCUAGUCAUCUUCCACAGAGGUGAUCAUGUUUGGGAUGAAAAUUCUUUUGACAGCAAAUUUGUUUAUCAGCAAAGAGGACUUGGACCAAUUGAGCAGAACACAAUUCUUGUCCUGAAUCCAAGUAAUGCAAAACUGCUUUAUUCCAUGGGCAAAAGUCUAUUUUAUUUACCACAUGGUUUGAGUAUAGAUAAAAAUGGUAACUACUGGGUCACUGAUGUAGCUCUCCAUCAGGUUUUCAAACUGGGAGCAGAUGACAAAGAACCAUUACUGAUCUUAGGAGUGGCUUUCCAACCAGGCAGUGACAAAAAUCAUUUCUGUCAACCAACUGAUGUGGCCGUGGAUCCGAUCACUGGCAGCAUUUAUGUCUCUGAUGGCUACUGUAACAGUCGAAUCAUUCAGUUUUCUCCAAAGGGAUUGUACAUGAUGCAGUGGGGAGAAGGUACAGAGACUUCUUUAGGCAGAGCCAGACCUGGACAGUUUCAUGUUCCUCACAGCUUAGCCCUGAUCCCUGACUUCAGUCAACUGUGUGUUGCAGACAGGGAAAAUGGUCGAAUUCAGUGCUUCAGGUUAGAGAAUGGCAAGUUCAUAAGAGAGAUAAAGCAUAAAUCAUUUGGAAGAGAGUUGUUUGCAGUUUCAUAUGUUCCAGGUAAUCUUUUUUCCUAUUCUUCAGAUUUCAAGUAG